AAAAUGAUGUUGGACAGUGCACAAGGGGUGAAGUACUUACACAACAAUGAUAUUCUUCACAGAGACAUCAAACCAGAAAAUAUCUUAGUCAUGUCUCUUGAGAAUGACGUCGAAAUUAAUGCAAAACUGACUGAUUUCGGAUCUUCAAGAAACGUGAAUAAGAUGGUACUUGAUAUGACCUUCACUAAAGGUGUUGGAACACCAAAAUAUAUGCCACCAGAAGUACUCAAUAGAAUGCACUACGAGAAGUCUGCCGAUGUGUAUUCUCUUGGAAUGACUAUGUGCGAGUGUUUCCAGUGGGAGAAAGCAUUUGACCCUGAGAAGUACCGGUCAUGGGAAAUAGCCGAGUUCAUAUCUGAUGGGCAAAGGCCAUCACUGGACAAUAUAAAUGACGAGCUCGCAAGUGUUGUGAAGGAUUGUUGGCGACAGAAGAUGUAUGAUAGAAUUCCAAUUGAAGAAGUUGUUAAGCGCCUUGCGACAAUAUACUCCAAACCGGUGCUCCACACAACACAAUAA